CGGCCCUCCCUCGGCCCUCCAGGCGGCGGCCGCAGCAAGCCCCGUGCCCGCUCCGCCCAGCCGCAGCGGGUCGGACAUCCGGAGCCCGCGGGUCCCCGGCCGAGGUGCGAGGAGGAGGAGGAGGCCUCCCCCACCCAGUGGCCAGGAGAGCAGUGGAGAGCCGUGGUCAGCAUGCCCAGUGGUAUCUCGUCCUGAAGGCAUCCCCGGUCGGGCCCCUGAGUCCGCCCGGAGUUGGAACCCAGGGCCCGCCCGCUCGGCCGCACCAUGAGCCACGGGCCCAGCCCCCGGCUGGCGGAAUCCCCGCAGCUGUCCAAGGGCAGCCUCCUGACCAUCCUAGGCAGCCCGUCUCCGGAGCGCAUGGGGCCGGCCGACUCGCUGCCGCCCACGCCGCCCAGCGGCACGCCGUCACCGGGGCCACCGCCUGCCCUGCCGCUGCCGCCGGCGCCCGCGCUGUUGGCCGACGGGGACUGGGAGAGCCGCGAGGAGCUGCGGCUGCGGGAGCUGGAGGAGGCCCGUGCGCGGGCGGCGCAGAUGGAGAAGACCAUGCGCUGGUGGUCGGACUGCACGGCCAACUGGCGCGAGAAGUGGAGCAAGGUGCGCGCCGAGCGCAACCGCGCGCGGGAGGAGGUGCGCCAGCUGCGCCAGCGCCUCGACGCGCUCACCAAGGAGCUGGCCGGCGCGCGGCGCGAACGCCAGGAGGCGCAGGGCGAGUGCGAGGCGCGGGGCCGCGAGCUGGCGCGGCUGCGGGGUGCCCGGGGGGCCGCCGACAGGACACCAGACGGGCCGGAGCCCGAGCCCGAGAGGGAGCAGGAGCCCGUGCGCGACGUCGGGUCCGAAGUGCCCCAGGGCAGCCAGGAGCUGGAGCUAGUGGAGAGCCUGCUGAAGAGCAGACCAGAGGAGCCUGAGGGCUGCUGGGAGGCACGCAGCGCGGGGACUGGAGGCCCUCGGGGCAGCUCAGGCCGCCAGGAGCGCAGCCGGCUGCCCUGGGAGGACACAGCCACCAUUGAGGAGGAUGCAUCCAAGUUGACCGCCCUGCGGCUGCGGCUAGAUGAGUCCCAGAAGGUGCUGCUCAAGGAGCGAGAGGAUAAACUGGCGCUGAGCAGGAACAUUGAGAAGCUGGAGGGGGAGCUGAGCCAGUGGAAGAUCAAGUAUGAGGAACUGAACAAGACCAAGCAGGAAAUUCUCAAGCAGCUCAGCAUCCUGAAGGAGGCCCACCAGGACGAGCUGGGUCGCAUGUCCGAAGACCUGGAGGACGAGUUAGGUGCGCGGUCCAGCAUGGACAGGAAGAUGGCAGAGCUGAGGGGUGAGAUGGAGCGGCUGCAGGCGGAGAACGCGGCCGAGUGGGGUCGCCGGGAGCGGCUGGAGACUGAGAAGCUGGGCCUGGAGCGUGAGAACAAGAAGCUGCGGGCGCAGGUCGGGGACCUGGAGGAGGCGCUGGCCCGGCGGCGGAGGCAGACAGCCAGCGCCCUGGACUGUGACCUGCGGGCCAGCCAGGCUGCGCUCUUCGAGAAGAACAAGGAGCUGGCCGACCUGAAGCAUGUGCAUGGCAAGCUGAAGAAGCAGUUUCAGGAGAAGGUGGCCGAGUUGGCACACGCCAACCGACGGGUGGAGCAGCACGAGGCGGAGGUGAAGAAGCUACGGCUGCGGGUGGAGGAGCUCAAGAAGGAGCUGGCCCAGGCUGAGGACGAGCUGGACGAGGCCCACAACCAGGCCCGGAAGCUGCAGCGGUCGCUGGACGAGCAGACGGAGCAGAGCGAGAACCUACAAGUGCAGCUGGAGCAUCUGCAGUCCAGGCUCCGCAGGCAGCAGCAGAGCGCCCCCCUCUUCGGGAAGAUCCGAAGUGCUCGCUUUGGCACCGAGGAGGCCGGGGACGGAGCCAGCGACCUGGAUGAGGACGAGGACUUGCAGAUCCAGGUGGCCUAGAGCUCCCAGGGCCAGACAGGACCUGCCUGUGGCCACAGGCCCCUGGGUGCCCAGGCUGACCGUCGGCUCCAGCUGACACAGCUGCCCAGCUGUGCUCCCUGCUGUGGCAGAUGUCGUCCUCUCCCAGGGAGGGUGCCGAGGGUCCCAUCCAGAACACCCCAUGGAGGGGAAGCCACAGCCCGUGUAUACAUUAUCCGUGUGUAUUUCACAUAUGUGUGUGGGGUCCUUGGAUCCGUUUGGUCUGCAAACACGGGACCACUCCAGGACCCAGUCUCAGCACUCUUGUCCACCCAGGACCUUCGUGCAGGGGCAAGGGGGUGUCAAAGAGGGCUGUGGGGGCCGCGACCCAGACUGCCUCUCUGAACCUUGGGGGUGAGGUAGAGCUGUUGACAAUGUGCUAAACUCAGUCUUUUGUAAUAAAUGGAGUUUGGGUUCUCGAGGCAGAGUCCUCAGAGUGUGGCAGGUGGGGACAGGAGGUGUAGGGGACAGCAGUCAGCCUGGGUCCGGCACCCAGCCUGAGCUCCCGAACGUCAGGCGACUUGCUGAAUGAACGAAUGUGAGAAAGAAUGAAUGGAGGAGCAUCUGAGCCGCUUGGUGGCCUGGAAUCUGCCUCUUGCAAGGGGAAGGAAAGGUCUGGUGUGUGUCUUACCUGGAGGACAGGGGUCUGCGAGCCUGCACCAGAUGGAUUCAAACCUCUGUCCCUGCCCCUUCCUGGCUGUGCAGCCAUGGGGAAGUGACCUGACCUCUCUGAGCCUCAAUUUCUCCCUCUGUAAACUGAGGCGUCUCCUACAGGUGUCAGGAGAAUAAGAUGAGUUCGUCUGGAACUCAGUAAAGGUUAGUUAUUAUUAAAGUACUUAAAGGUG